GCUUGGCCAAUGAGAGCCCCGACGGUCAUGAAUGGUCAUUUCCUCCGGGCACCUUCCCUUGGGUCUUGACAGAUCACCACCCACCUGGGCAGGAGGCGUCUCGGCCUUCGGGGAGCCCCAGAGAGCCCACGAGUGAGGAGCCAUGGAUAACAUCACUGAAUACCCGGAAUAUGGAACCCUGGACCCUCCCCUCAAGGUUAACCCUUCCCAUCACCGGCACCCACUGGAUGUUAUAGCCUUGGUCAUCUACACAGCUGUCUUCCUGGUGGGUGUGCCAGGCAAUGCCCUGGUGGUGUGGGUGACGGCACAGGAGGCCAAGCGAGUCAUCAAUGCCAUCUGGUUCCUCAAUCUGGCCGUGGCCGACCUCCUGUCGUGCCUGGCACUGCCCGUCUUGUUCGUGACCAGCAUCCGGGACGGGCACUGGUCCUUGGGCGAGGCCGCCUGUCGCAUCCUGCCCUCUCUCAUCUUGCUCAACUUGUAUGCCAGUGUCCUGCUCCUGGCCACCAUCAGCGCCGACCGCUUCUUGUUGGUGUUCAACCCCAUCUGGUGCCAGAAAUUCCGAGGGGCCCGCUUAGCUUGGCUGCUCUGUGGCCUGGCCUGGGCCCUGGCUUUGGUCUUGACUAUCCCCUCCUUCCUGUACCGGUCACUGUCGGAGGAGCACUUUCCACCCAAGACGUCUUGUGGUGUGAACUAUGGGCUCGACGGCAAGCACAAGGAGAAGGUGGUGGCCAUGAUGCGGCUGGUCCUGGGCUUCCUGUUGCCACUGUUGACGCUCAGCAUUUGCUACACCUUCCUCCUGCUGCGGACCUGGAGUCGCAAGGCCACACGCUCCGCCAAGACGCUCAAGGUGGUGGUGACCGUGGUGACCUGCUUCUUCAUCCUCUGGCUGCCUUACCAAGUGACUGGCACGCUCAUGGCCCUGCACCCCUCCCAUUCCGCCACCUUCAAGGCGGCCUCCAAGAUAGACUCUCUGUGUAUCUCGCUGGCCUACGUCAACUGCUGCAUCAACCCCGUCAUCUACGUGGUCGCCGGGAAGACCCGCAUCAGCAAGUCCCUCCCCAGCAUCCUCCGCCACGUGCUGACCGAGGAGACCCCGAGCCGGGACAGCAAGUCGGUCACGCGCUCCACGGUGGACACCACGGCCGAGCGGUGCCAGGCGGUGUGAGCCAGGCCUCCGGGCCACUGUCUCCCCUGUGCCCGCUUCAUCUCCUGCCCCCGCGUGCUCUGCUCUUGCUUAUCUUUGUUGCAGGCCUGGUGGUU